GGGACCAAGCAGGGGCAGGGCUGGCGUUGCGGCCGGAGAUGCUGUCGGGCCGCGACGGCGCUUGGCAGCUAGGAGCUCUGCAUUGAAGGCACUGGGGUGAGGCUUACUGCCCGGCAGGCUGGUGGGUACCCGAGGGCUGAGGUGUCUGUAAAUCUGGCCGCCAGCCUCCACGGGCCCGGCAUUUGUCUAUCUUUCUAGGCGCUCGCGACUCGGCGACGGCGGCCGCAGUGGGACACGGAGGCGGGGCCGGGCACCUGUGCGCGUUUGCAGGCACCUGCUGCGCUGGCCGCCUCGCAGCCCGGGAGCGCUGCUGGGGACUGCGGCUUGAGCUGGGCCGGCCUGGCUCGAGGGAGAGAGGGGGGCCCAGCUGGCUCGCCCCGGUCCGUGCCCGCCCUCCCCGGCCGGGUCCCGACCCCGAGCUCUGGUUAAGGGGGCGUCGCCGGGCCCCAGAGCCCCCCCCAACUGGAGGGGCCCGCGGCUCCCGGGCCAGCCUCGAGCUAGCUGCGAGGCCAGGACAGGGCCCUCGCCUUGCAUCACCUCGAGACAGGUAAAGUGAAUGUUGAAGACAGAAGAUUUGGAUGAUACACCACUGAAUUUCUUUGUUUGGAAUACACGUUAUGAACCCUUUCUGGAGCAUGUCUACAAGCUCUGUACGCAAAAGAUCUGAAGGUGAAGAGAAGACAUUAACAGGGGACGUGAAAACCAGUCCUCCACGAACUGCACCAAAGAAACAGCUGCCUUCUAUUCCCAAAAAUGCUUUGCCCAUAACUAAGCCUACAUCUCCUGCCCCAGCAGCACAGUCAACAAAUGGCACGCAUGCAUCCUAUGGACCCUUCUACCUGGAAUACUCUCUUCUUGCAGAAUUUACCUUGGUUGUGAAGCAGAAGCUACCAGGCGUCUAUGUGCAGCCAUCUUACCGCUCUGCAUUAAUGUGGUUUGGAGUAAUAUUCAUACGGCAUGGACUUUACCAAGAUGGCGUAUUUAAGUUUACAGUUUACAUCCCUGAUAACUAUCCAGAUGGUGAUUGUCCACGCUUGGUGUUCGAUAUUCCCGUCUUUCACCCACUAGUUGAUCCCACCUCAGGUGAGCUGGAUGUGAAGAGAGCAUUUGCAAAAUGGAGGCGGAACCAUAAUCAUAUUUGGCAGGUAUUAAUGUAUGCAAGGAGAGUUUUCUACAAGAUUGAUACAGCAAGCCCCCUGAACCCAGAGGCUGCAGUACUGUAUGAAAAAGAUAUUCAGCUUUUUAAAAGUAAAGUUGUUGACAGUGUUAAGGUGUGCACUGCUCGUUUGUUUGACCAACCUAAAAUAGAAGACCCCUAUGCAAUUAGCUUUUCUCCAUGGAAUCCUUCUGUACAUGAUGAAGCCAGAGAAAAGAUGCUGACUCAGAAAAAGCCUGAAGAACAGCACAAUAAAAGUGUUCAUGUUGCUGGCCUGUCAUGGGUAAAGCCUGGCUCAGUACAGCCUUUCAGUAAAGAAGAGAAAACAGUGGCGACUUAAGAGAUGGUGAAUCUGGUGCACCGUGCACUUUCCUGCUGGACUCUGGCCUAGUUCAAGCUGACCAAUGGCAGAGGACUGCCUGAAGAGUAAAACUGUGUGAACAAUGACUGACUGCCAGUGUUUUCCAUGUAUGCAUAGGUUCUAACAGCAGGGUUUGGAAACCUGUCUCUAAGUAAUGCAUUACUUCUGUCAGAAGUGUCUUAGGGUGGUUAUCUAGUUCAGUACUCCAAAUUAUUGGGGACCUUGAGGCUUAAGUAAGUAUUUUUCUGAAUAUAAUGCUAAAGGUAAGUUGCAUUCAUUUGAACUAAUAGAGCAGACAGAAUUCAGCACUACUUAAUAGUUUAUAAUAAUCAGUGGUUUCAGUUGUAUAUAUGUUAGGAAAUGGAGAGGUAUAGAGAGAGCAGGUUCCAUAGCUCAGCACUUUUAAGUGGAAGAUCAUUUGAAUCUCAGUCUUCAGCCUGCACUGAUUUGUAGCCUGCACUGUCUUACUGAUUUACAAACUGAAAUCACUGAGAAAUGUCUUUAGUUGAGUGAGAAGAAACCAGAACACUUGUUCCUAGUGUUGUGUUGUUUUUUUUAAGCAAAUUACUUACUGUAUUUUUAUGGCAGGAGGGAGAAAAAGAAGUGUUAAAACGGUUUCUAAUGAAGUCCGGUAUUUAAAUGAUGAAUGACUAAUGUGUUUAGUAGAGACAAAAUAAACCAAUAAAUGAUUGUUCUUUGCCAUUUA